AUGUCUGACCUGUGCCCGCAGCUCCAGAGCCUCUUGUUACAAUCCUGUGAUGACCACUAUGAGACAGACCUGGGCGCAGAAGGGUCCGAGAGCUCCCCCCAACAGGAUGUCUACCUGCAGGCGUGCCGUGAGGUGGGCGUUGUGCCUGUCUCCUACUUUCUCCGUCACAUGAACAAGACACACGUGGAUCUGAAGCAUCACGGACUGGGGCCUCGUGGAGCCCGUGCCAUGGCUGCAGCCCUGCGGAUUAAUGAGACCAUCACUCACUUGAGCCUGGAGGACAACUGGAUGGAGGCAGAAGGGCUGACACACCUGGUGCCGGCGCUGAGCGAGAGCAACGCCAUCCGGGAGCUGAACCUCUCCAGCAACCAUCUGGGUGUGCAGGGCUCUGUCGUGCUUUCCAGGAUGUUACUUGACAAUGUCUCCAUUAUUGGCCUCAAUCUGAGAUACAAUGGCUUCAGCGACCUGUCUGCCAAGCACCUGGCCGAGGCCCUGUCUGCCAACUUCCGGGUGACCAAGCUGGAUCUCAGCCACAAUGAAUUCUGCGAGAAAGGAGGAGAAUAUCUGGGUCAGAUGAUCGCUGCAAAUGAGGGUCUCCGGGAGCUUAAUCUAAGCUGGAAUCACAUCCGCAUGAAGGGGGCAAUAGCAGUGAGCGCCGGGCUCAGGGUGAACGGGACGCUUACAGUCCUAGAUCUAUCCUAUAAUGGUUUUGGCAAUGAAGGGGCCCUUGCACUGGGAGAAGCUCUGAGGGUGAAUAGUUCGCUGCUUCACCUCGAUAUCAGCUGCAACCGGAUCAGUAACGAAGGCGUCAGACUCAUCUGUAAAGGCCUGGAGAGUAACGAGACGAUGCGUGUGCUCAAGCUGCCCAGGAAUCCUAUCACGGUGGAGGGCGCCAUCACUCUCCUGAGCUCCAUCACUAAGAGCCCAGAGAGCAGACUUCAGGAACUGGACAUCUCGAAUGUCCUGGUUAAUGAGCCGUUCCUGUCCCUCCUUGGCGCAGCUUCUACAUCACAUCCUGCACUUCGGGUCUUGUAUGCUGGCAAAAAAGGGUUUACCACCAAAAAACGGUCUGCUCGUCCUGAUCCUAUGAGGGUCAUUCAGGAUUUUCUAGAUGAACACAAGCUUCGAAUGCUGGAUUUUUUCAAGAACAUGGACAAAGAUGGGAGCAUGAGAGUUCCUGUCAGUGAGUUCUGCAGAUACAUGGCGGCGGAAGGUUUACCCUUGGACGCUGCCCAGAUUGAUUCAUUGGUGCAAAGACUGGAUAGAGAGCAGACAGGUACCAUAGACUACAGGGACCUUGUUGACUCUCGUAAAGAAAUGGUGAAGGAAGAACGCAAACAACAGCGUCGGAGAGGAAGAAGAGAGCGCCAGGAAAGAGAGCGCAGCGAGAGAGCGCUGAAGUCUUUCCACAAUGCGGUGCGGGCACUGACUCCGUCCCCUGGCAGUGGCGCCAGCUCGGCUCAGUUUUCUGUCACCCCAGAAGGGGAGGCUGCAGAAGUAGCGGGAUGUAGCGCGGCGUCCGGCGACUGGGAUGCCGAGUGCAGUUACCAGUCACAAAGUCAUUCAGAACCAGUGACUCCCAAAAGAAUCAUCACCCCCAGUAUAAAGUGACGGGACGGGCCAACCACUCCCAUCAUCUCUUCUUGUAGCACACAUCCCCCAAUAUUCUUCAUUUUUUAACGUUUUUAAAAACGUUAUAUUUGGGUUAAAAGGAAAAUACGGCCGAUGAACGGCAAGUCCAAGCUACAAUCCGACCAUAGCGGCAUGAUCCGUAUGGAGUUUAACCCCCUCUCAUUAAUGAGCCGGAGCAGACCUUGUCGGGCGGUUCUCCUGACUUCGGGUUCUGGCACCUCCAAUGGAAUAAAGUCCUCCUGGUGGGAUGUCCUAAAGUCCUAUGACGUAGGCGGUAUUGCGGUCAGAGCGGCUUGUGGCAGUAAUACAUGCGGCUCCGGGGUGGAAGCUGUUACCAAUGGUCCACAGUCGUCUGCUGAUCUUGGCAGCUGUAGAAGAGGGUCCAGCGUCUCAGGAUCCAGAAAUCAGGGCUUUAUUCAAGAAAUUCUACACAGAAAAAGAGCCAAACUACUUCUGCGUCCUCAUGGCACCGAUCCUGGGAGCGCCAGGAAGGGCGAGCCAGCUGUAGAUAGUGGUGAACCACCAUGGACACCAGAAGACCCACCUCCGCAAUGACAUUGGACUUGGCACUUCUCUGAUAAUGGCAGCAGGUGUGCGGACACGAACGGAUGAGGCCAAAUUCUCCAGAGACGCCAUCGAGUCCCGGAGAUUUAUUCAGGGCAGGAUCCAAAAAGGGGGCUAUUAUCUGUUAGCUCUAGCGGAAGUCAUCGACCAGCGCGGUUACUGCACUGAAAAUAUUCUUCUGGCGCACAACUCGAUUAGCUGCUUCCUCGGGUAGCACCUUUUUGGCUUCUGUCUGCUGUCUUUUAGCUCUGGUGUCCCACUCCGGGCCGUAUAUGUGCGGUGCCCCAGGCAGGUAGGGUGCACUCACUUUGGCCCUGGUUCAGAAGAAGGGUGCUCGUGCCAUGAGGAGCUGCUGCACUGCACAGGAUCAGAAUCAUUUCACCCUAUUAAUGCCUCAGUCAACAGCGACCGCUGCAACUAUGGAGAUGCUCAUGUUUCUGACACCCCUUUUGGACCCCUCAUGAUACAAUUGUGGGUGGCUGAUGAAGCAUCAUGGCCCCUGCAUCUGCCAUCUUUGCCUUAUAGAAAUGCUGAAGUAUGGAACU